CUGUCAACACACGUGACAUUUGAUUUGAUAGAAAAUUGCAAAAUUGUGGAGGUUAGGAUUUGCUUUUGUGUUUAAUUUUUCGAAUUCAAAUAAUAAAUAUGAAGAUGAAACAGAAAAAAUCAUCAAAACAAAUCUUAUCUGACAAAAUCGCAGAUGCCCUAACCGUAAAACCAAGGGCAGACAUCGAGGAUGACCAAAUAUUCAACACAAAACCUGAUACGGUUUCACGUGCGGAUUACUCCUCUGAAAGCGAAGAUGAAGCAACGAUCAGUGAUUUUAGGAAACGUACGGCUAAUUUGCUGAGUGAUAUCAGUAAAAAAUAUGAAGGAAAAAUUGUAUCUCGGAAAGAACUUGAAAAUAGUAUAGAUGGCUCAGACCUAAGCGACGAUGAAGACGAUUCAAAGGAUCCUUUAGGAAAGGCUGUUAAAGAUAUAGAUGACAACUCUCAAGGUUCCAGUGACAAUGAAGAUUUAAUAAACAACAUACCAAACAAGCAUAAAAGUCAAAGUAGUGAUGAGGACAGCAUUGAAUCUGAUGACUAUAGUAUAGUUAAGAAAAUAAGAGGAAAAGUUUUAUUAGACAAAGUACUUAGUGAACAGAAAGAUGCAGUAAGUGACGAGGUCAGUGAAGAAGGCAGUGAAGAAAUUGAUGACUAUAGUAUAUUUAAAAGACAGAUACAAGGUGAAUCAGAUGAAGAAAAAUCAGAUUUAAGUGGAGAAGAAGAGGAAGAAGAAGAUGGAGAAGGUUAUGACAUCAGUCAGAUGGAUGAACCAGUUAAGGAAGAAUUUGAGCAUGUUAAAAAGCAAAACAUUUCUGAAGAGGCAAAGAAAGGAGCUUGUGUUAGAAAUCAGUUGCUGAUAUGGGAAAGUUUAUUGGAAAUGAGGAUACAUUUACAAAGGUGUAUGAACAGUGCUAAUAUGAUGCCCAUGCCAGAUAAAUAUGUUGAACUAAAAGGUUUUAAGGAGUUUGAAGAAGAGAGCAGUGUUGCUGUGAAUAAUAUUGCAACAGUUGUAGAUAAGUUUCUAACACUCCAAGAUUUGUUACUAAAAAACUUUCCUGAAACAAAAAGUUUAUCAUCAAAUAAAAAGCAAACAGAUACAAAAGCAAAUACAAAAGAAGACAGUGAUGAAGAGAUUCCAAGUGACACAGAUAAUGAAGAAAUACCAUCUGACACAGAACCUGAAGACAGUGUAGAAGACAAAACUAAAACAGAUAAAAUAAAAGCCAAUAAAACGGUACAAAAGAAACGUAAACUCGAAGACUACGAAAGUGACUUAUCCACAACCCACAAAAAUUUAAAGACCUUCAGAGACACGACAAUACAAAAAUGGAACGAAAAAACGCGUCUCGCGACAGCCGCUAAUAUCAAAAACGCACCAACAAAUACCAUUCUUCAACAAAUAUCAUACAUCCUAUCAGAUAGAAACAAACUUAUAAGAAGGACUCAAUUAAAGCGAUCAGAUUAUGACAUUGUAGGUUAUAACAAGGCAGAGAAUAAUGAACAGAAUGAACAAAAUAAUAUAGGACAGAAUGGUAUGGCAAAAGAUAGAAAAGACAAUGACGAAUACAUACCAGAAAUAUUUGAUGACAGUGAUUUCUACCAUCAAUUGUUGAGGGAGCUUAUUGAAUGUAAGUCGGCUGAUAUAUCAGAUCCUGUCCAACUCAGUCGACAAUGGAUAGCUUUGCAACAAAUGAGGAGUAAAAUGAAAAGAAAAGUGGACACGAGAGCGACUAAGGGACGGAAAAUUAAAUAUGUUGUUCAUAAUCCACUCGUAAGUUACAUGGCUCCAGAGAAAUCUUUGAAAUGGAAUGAAGAGAGCACUAAUGAGUUAUACAGUUCGCUUUUCGGUAAAAUAUUUGAGAAUAAUAAUGUAGGUCUCAAUGUUGAUCUAGAGAAUGUUAAAAUGAAAUAAUAAAUAUUUUAUUUGAUAUUU